AUGAAGGCGUCCGGCACAGUAUGUAAAACCUUUAAUUUACCGAUAAAUAAGCACCACAGCUACGUUAUAUGAGCAGAUAUAGAUAUAUAACGGUGUGUUUACCCGAUAGGUAUCAUUAAGUGCUCUCCAAGUCCUUUUAGAGGCAAAAAUGUCGCUAUUCUUCUUCUCGGUGCUGUCGCGGCUCCAACAUGGCGUCCGCUGAAACUACCAUGUGGACGGCGGUGUGAUGGUGUCUGUGAGAGUUACUGCCGUGAACAACAAGACAGAAACAAAGUCUCAGAAACGACUCAUUUUCUCUGAGCAAAAGAGUUCAGUGUGAAAUAAUCUGCGCCAAACUGUCACUCUUUGUUGCAUCCUGUCAAAAGCUGAUAGCCCGUGUAGCCUCCAGAGAGCUAACUGGUGUUAAUGAGCCCAUUUAGCUCACAUCUAGACUAGUUUUACACAAGUUAGGUAAAAAUAAAUGGAUUGUUUUAAAAGUCAGUUUAUUAUUUCAGAUCUGUAGUGUCCCGUUUCUGUGAUUUAUUUGGUUAUUUCGUAAGAGGACCUGCAGAUUAUCGUCUAAAUGCGAAUGAAAAUGUGUUGUGCUGUGACUUUUGCAUUUUAAUUUACACGACUUGGUUUCUUUCUCUUCUUGUCUUACCAAGUUAUCUGUCAAAAUUUACCUAUUGGUAACCUGUAAAAGAAGGAAAAUGGUGCACCUGUGUUGAUUUAAUUCAAAUAUAUAGCACCACAAAUGUUGAUGUAUUUUACUUUCAAUAAGUGAUAUCAACUUCUAAGUGGACCACAAAGGUCUGUAUUCUGGUUUUCCUGCACCCAAACCCAAAGCUCACACCUGUCCAUGGUGUGAUUUUGUCUGGAGUGCAAACAGAAAACUGAUCCUUGUCGCCUUUCUCUGAUGCUGCAGUGCCUUUGAAAGUGAAUUCAAGGGUCCACAGGUCUUUGAACGCCUCGUCAUGUGCAUCGCAAAAGUGGGUUAAGUCCUUUUAAUCUAAUUGAUCAAACUGUUUCUGAUUCACAGCUUCGGGAAUACAAAGUCAUUGGGCGUCUGCUGCCCUCUGCCAAGAACCCCUCCCCCCCUCUCUACCGGAUGAGGAUCUUCGCCCCGAACCAUGUCGUGGCCAAGUCCCGCUUCUGGUACUUCGUCUCCCAGCUGAGGAAGAUGAAGAAGGCGUCCGGAGAGACCGUCUACUGUGGCCUGGUAUGUCUCUGAAGGGUCUCUGGAUCUGCAGGGGUUAUUUUUGGUUCCGUCAGGUGGUUUAGCUGUUCUUCUGACCCAUUGUCACAUAAAAUCAACAUUAUCCAAAUGAAGAGACAUCAAACAACAUCAGGUUCUUAAUGAUCCUCCAGAAGUCCUGGACUCUAUAUAAAGGUUUCAGAUUUAAGAUCCUCUAGUUGUGCACAGCAGGUCCUCUCUCCACACAUUUAGCUGAAACAGAGUGGAGUUAUUAAAAACACUGGAUGUGCACCCAAACCCAAAGCUCACACCUGUCCGUGGUGUGAUUUUGUCUGGAGUGCAAACAGAAAACUGAUCCUUGUCGCCUUUCUCUGACGCUGCAGUGUCUUUGAAAGUGAAUUCAAGGGUCCACAGGUCUUUGAACGCCUCACAGUGUGUACUUCAGUGUUUGCUGAUCUUCACGAAGCUCUUCAAGUUUCCACAGGACCAAAGUUAAAUAAGCUUCUUCUUUCAGGACAGAGUGCUGGCAUUUUAAAUCUUAUUUUUCAGCUUUUAUUUCUUAUUGGUUUGAGGCUCGUGAUCAUUUUUGAGGCCUGAAUUUCCAUUUAAUGAGCUUGAAAUGUGAUCUAUUGGUCCCCUGCUUCCUGCUGGAUGUCCUUUCCUGUGCAUACUCAUUUAAAAUACAUUAUGCCAAUUUGACCAUGCAAAGUUUUCACUCAACCUUUGCUAUAUUUUGCUUUACUUACAUUUUGGAAAAAGUUUUUCACAGAACUUUUUGACUGCUGAUGAAGUCAGCUGUUUUUUCAUACCAACUCACACCCAAAUUAAUCCUGUGUUCUUCUUUUAACAAGUGACAAUAAGCACAUAGUUUUGAGAUGAGCUACAGUUUUUAAAAUUUUCUCAAAUUAAGAAUGAUCUAAAUUAUCGAAUCUAUAGCUCAUUCAUGAUUUAAUGUCGUCAUUUUCUUUGCCGAAUGAUUUGAUUUGAAGACGCUUUUGUUCUGCUGAUGUGCUGGAAACAGUCUUGCAUCAUUACACCUGUAUACUUACACAUUGCUUCCCAAACUGUGUCAUAUCGAUGUGCCAGUGAGUGUUUAAACUAGAGAGCGCCCUCACAUGACACAUUUUCACCCUAAAUGACAGCAAAUCGAGUCUAAACCUGUUUCUGGUUUGUGUUUAUUUUGUAUUCUGUGAGGAAGUUCUGUUUGAUGUGAUUUUGACUUAUUUUCAGCAGUUAUUCACACUUUUAUUCGUUGUUUUCUUUCUGUUGUAAAUAUUUUUCUCGCUACAUUUUUAAAAGAAUAAAUCUUAGUAUACGUAGGGAAAUAAGUAACACUGUGUUGUUGUGAUUCAGGUCCACGAGAAGACCCCCCUGAAGGUGAAGAACUUUGGUAUCUGGCUGCGUUACGAUUCCCGUUCUGGCACCCACAACAUGUACAGAGAGUACAGGGACCUGACCACCUCUGGAGCUGUGACCCAGUGCUGUGAGUUCACACACACUUUAAAGAUUUACUCAUGUGGCGUAUAAAGAUGAAUGAAAAUAACAGUCAUGUCAAGUUAUUAUGGGAUUAAUGUUUCGGCUGUUUUACCUGAGAGAAACCAACUUUUGAGGCUCCAUUUUCAUAUUUCUCUCUGAAUGUUAUGAAUAAAUCAGAUCUCUGGAUUUGACACUGUUGUCUGAUGAUUUUUGACCAGAUUAUGAAUGAACUGAAGGACUUUAUUGGAGGUCCUGCUGGUGUUUAGCUGAGUUGUUGAGCUACAGGAAAGUUCUUUUGAAGAUGUUUUGGAGAUGAAGAAAUGCCCUUCAGCUGAUGUUCAAUUGUUUGUCUGGUCUUUUAAGAUCGUGAUAUGGGAGCUCGCCAUCGCGCUCGUGCUCACUCCAUCCAGAUCAUGAAGGUGCAGGUGAUCGCCGCCAAUAAGUGUCGCAGACCCGCCAUCAAGCAGUUCCACGUCAGUAUAUGUUUCUUUCGUUUUCUUUUAAAUAAAUGGGAUGUGUUUGUGUCAGCGGGUCUCUCUCUGGACUGGCCCCUCGUUGGUCAGCUCCAGUUUAAAAAUCCGCCAGACAAACAGCCAGAUUCCUCUUCCAGAUUUCUAGCUUCCAUCUUUAAACCUGGCGGUUUAGAAACUGGCGACAGAGAACUUUAAAACCUGCUUGUUUAAAUAAAAAUCCUGGUUUUAUUUCCUGUUUCUGAACAUUAUCUGUUUUUUCUGAUGCUCCUGCAGGACUCCAAGAUCAAGUUCCCUCUGCCCCACAGGGUCCUGCGUCGCCAGCACAAACCCCGCUUCACCACCAAGAGACCAAACACCUUCUACUAA